CCGGCCGUGCAGGGCGGGUCGGGUUACACUCGCCCAGCCUGACCCGAGUGACAUCCCCGCGCGCCUCGCUGAGAGCACAGGGCCGAGCCUCAGAUCCUCGGGGGGAGGCUGACUCCGCCCUGGCUGGAGGAACUAGGUGCUCCUGCCCGCUGCCCCUUCGCGCGUGAAGAUUAAUCUCAGGUUAAGAAAUGGCAUUUCAAAAGGCAGUGAAAGGGACUGUUCUUGUUGGAGGGGGUGCACUUGCUACCAUCUUAGGACUUUCUCAGUUCAGUCAUUACAGAAGGAAACAACAGGUGAACCUGGCCUAUGUGGAAGCGGCAGAGUACUUUACAGAACCUGUUAACAGGGAACCUCCUUCCAGGGAAGCUCAAAUACUAACUUUGAAGAACACACCUGAAUUUGAUAUCCUUGUUAUCGGAGGAGGAGCAACAGGCAGUGGCUGUGCACUAGAUGCCGUCACCAGAGGACUAAAAACAGCCCUUGUAGAAAGAGAUGAUUUCUCAUCAGGGACCAGCAGCAGAAGCACUAAAUUGAUCCAUGGUGGGGUGAGAUAUCUUCAGAAGGCCAUCAUGAAGUUGGAUAUUGAGCAGUAUAGGAUGGUAAAAGAAGCCCUUCAUGAGCGUGCCAACCUACUAGAAAUUGCUCCCCAUUUAUCAGCUCCAUUACCUAUAAUGCUUCCAAUUUACAAAUGGUGGCAGUUACCUUACUACUGGGUAGGAAUCAAGCUGUACGAUCUGGUUGCAGGAAGUAAUUGCCUGAAGAGCAGUUAUGUCCUCAGCAAAUCAAGAGCCCUUGAGCAUUUCCCCAUGCUUCAGAAGGACAAACUGGUAGGAGCGAUUGUCUACUAUGACGGACAACACAAUGAUGCACGGAUGAACCUUGCCAUUGCUCUCACUGCUGCCAGGUAUGGGGCUGCCACAGCCAAUUACAUGGAGGUAGUGAACUUGCUCAAGAAGACAGACCCCCAGACGGGCAAGGAGCAUGUGAGUGGCGCACGGUGCAAGGAUGUCCUCACAGGGCAGGAAUUUGAUGUGAGAGCCAAAUGUGUUAUCAAUGCUACGGGACCUUUCACAGACUCUGUGCGCAAAAUGGAUGAUAAGAACGCUGCGGCUAUCUGCCAGCCAAGUGCUGGUGUCCAUAUUGUGAUGCCUGGUUACUACAGCCCAGAGAGCAUGGGACUUCUUGACCCAGCCACCAGUGAUGGGCGAGUUAUUUUCUUCUUACCCUGGCAAAAGAUGACUAUUGCUGGCACUACUGAUACGCCAACUGAUAUCACACAGCACCCUAUACCUUCAGAAGAAGAUAUCAACUUCAUUUUGAAUGAAGUGCGUAACUACCUGAGUUGUGAUGUUGAAGUGAGAAGAGGGGAUGUCCUGGCAGCAUGGAGCGGUAUCCGCCCCCUCGUGACAGAUCCCAAGUCCGAAGACACCCAGUCCAUCUCCCGCAAUCACGUUGUGGACAUCAGUGAGAGUGGCCUUAUCACCAUAGCAGGUGGAAAGUGGACAACAUAUCGAUCCAUGGCAGAAGAUACUGUGAAUGCUGCUAUCAAGAUCCACAAUUUGAAAGCAGGACCAAGUAGAACAGUUGGACUUUUCCUUCAAGGAGGGAAAGAUUGGAGCCCCACACUCUACAUUAGGCUUGUCCAGGAUUAUGGACUUGAAAGUGAGGUGGCACAGCAUCUUGCUGCCACCUACGGAGACAAGGCUUUUGAGGUGGCCAAAAUGGCAAGUGUGACCGGAAAAAGGUGGCCUAUUGUUGGAGUGCGACUUGUAUCAGAAUUUCCAUAUAUUGAAGCAGAGGUGAAAUAUGGGAUUAAGGAGUAUGCCUGCACGGCGGUGGAUAUGAUUUCACGGCGCACUCGCCUGGCCUUUCUCAAUGUCCAGGCCGCAGAGGAAGCCCUACCCAGGAUUGUUGAACUGAUGGGUCGAGAACUGAACUGGGAUGACCAUAAGAAAGAGGAAGAACUUGAAACAGCUAAGAAGUUCCUAUAUUAUGAAAUGGGCUAUAAAUCCCGAUCUGAACAGUUAACAGAUCGCACUGAAAUUAGCCUAUUGCCUUCAGACAUUGACAGGUACAAGAAGAGAUUUCAUAAGUUUGAUGCAGACCAAAAAGGCUUUAUUACCAUUGUUGAUGUUCAGCGUGUAUUAGAGAGUAUCAAUGUGCAAAUGGAUGAAAAUACACUACAUGAGAUUCUGAAUGAAGUAGAUUUAAACAAAAACGGACAGGUUGAACUCAAUGAAUUUUUACAGCUUAUGAGUGCUAUUCAGAAAGGAAGGGUGUCAGGAAGCCGCCUUGCUAUACUAAUGAAAACGGCAGAAGAGAACCUGGAGCGACGAGUUCCGAUUCCAGUGGACCGUAGCUGUGGAGGAUUGUGAGAUCCUUGUUUUUUAUUUUGUUUUGUAAAUCUACAGCCUAUAAACAUAAGAGCAACAAAUCACCAUGUAACAGCCAGAGAUGACUUCAACCAUUAUAAAACAAUGGCUGUGAUAGUUGCCUUUUUUAACACUGGAAAACAUUCCAAAACUUCAGAAUGCUGGUCUAUUUGCCAACUUAAUUUGCCAAUAUUUUAUUUGCAUCUGCCAUUCAAUCUAACUUCUAAAAAGUGUAUUUUCUCAUUUUCAAUGCACAUUGAUUAAUGUUUUGCACUCAUUUUGUGAUCUGUUAGGCAUAACACUCUCCUUUUUUGUUUAUUAAUUUAUUUUACAGCAGUUCUAGAGGUAGAAAUGGAAAAGAGAAGCUGGAAAAAAUUUGUGACACACACAAAGCUGUGGACCUUAAGCUUGUGGAUAGCAUUUUUGUUCUUAAAGAGAGUGACCUGUUCAAAUGAUGGUAUUUAUGGAGACUUCUCAACUCCUCCUCCUCCAAUCUGACUACCUUUCUCUUCCAAACAAUGCUACACAAUAUUAUAUCUCAAGCACAGUUGGCCAAACUGGAGAGGGAAAAAAAAGUUUAGAUCUGGUUAAGAGAAACUAUGAAAGGUGCUGGAAUUGCAGGUGUAAGAUAAGGAUAGCAUUGACAUUUGCUGGGAGUUAUAGUGAUAGUUUCAUCUCAGCAGUUCAUUUUUUCUACCUAGUCACUGCUGGUUUUCUCUGACUAUUAUGGGUGCCAGGAAGAUCCUUGUUUUUUGUUUUGUUUUGUUUUAACUUUAAAACCAGCAUGUAAGUGGCAAAUUGUAUGUAAUGGUAUGGGACCAAAUCUCUCCAAUCUUUAUCGUAGUAAUACAUUUAAUGGUUAAAGAUGUUUCUUUAUAAAUUCAUAUAGAACACUAGUUUCAAUCCCCAAAUCCUAAAUUUUGAAAUAGGGGAUAUUGUCAAACCUGGACUUUUUUUCUAAUGGGUAUCUGCAAUCCAUAGUAAGAGGAUAAAUAAUCAUUAGUUAAUAUAAUUAUAUGUAAAAUAAGGAAAUACACUUCAGUAUCCAAGGUCAAUCUUGUUUAAAAUCCUUAUGUUUCUGCACUCAAUGAAAAAAUUAUCAGUUUACCAAAAAUGAUAAAAACAAAAUGAAAACCAUACCAAAUGCACACAUAUACACAGCAAAAACAAAAAUCAGUGUGCAAUGAAUAUAACAAAUAAUGCACUAAAUGAAAAAAUGAAAAAUGCCAGUUUGGAUGCUUUUGCUAUAGUUUUGUUGGCAUUUUUAACUAGUCAUCAGUAUUAAUUGAGCUUCCUCUUUUGAUUUUUGACACUACCUACUUUUUUUUUUUUUUUUUUUUUUUUUAAGAUCAGGUUUUGAGUGUAAUAGGAAAUGUAUUUCCUAUUAUUUCACCACAGGCUGUCAUUGCCUGGACUUGAGGUCCUAGUUUCUUGAACUGGUACAUAAAACACUUUUGUGUUAUUAUUUCCAUUUAUGUCAACAUUAUAGAAUAUCUCUAUGCCUCAUUCAUGUGGGUUAUGAGCCUGUAUAUCAUAAUAUGAACUGGGAGGUUCACUCACCUGAGCCUCCACCCACACCCUCUGAAACGAACAUCAGUCGCAGGGAGAGACAGCAUCUUCACUCAUUUUAUUUUAACAUGAAGUUUAGAUCUUAACCACUUCCUAAAGGAAAACCUAAAACAGAGUGAGUGAUGCUCCCAGGUGUCACUGUGAAUUUUAUUUUCUUUCAAAGUGUGAAUUCUUUACACUGGAUUUUUUCUCUUUUAAUAAAUGGAAGCUUAUGGUUUUGCAACUGGAAUGUUUUUUUAUCUACACAAUAAAUUUCACUGUUUAGAACCCAGUGUUACUAAAUAGGUAUAAAAGCUGUCCUUUAUCACUCCAGAUGAUAUAUCACAAUAUUGUACAUUUGUUCUUUCUCUCUUUCUCUCUCUUUUUCUAGUUAGAUCAAGAUAACGAUGACUUGUAUCCUCCCUGAUUCUGUUACAGUAGGGACAGGCUUAGAAUGACUGGCUCUGGCAGAUCUGUGUUUGUUAAACAGGCCUCGUUUGUGCACGCUUUGCUGUGAAUGAAGUUCCUUUAAGGACAAAGAAAAGUGUACUUUUCUUCACUUGAACAUAUCUGCUUUUGCUUAAAAUCUGCUAAUUCUAAAAAGCAUUCGCUCCUUCACCAAUCCCACAGACUCGUUUUGGAAAUGAACUGAUUUAAAGCCAUUACUGUGGAUAGAACACCCCAGCAUUUUUGUGUAAAUUUUUCAUUAAACCUGUAUAGUCAUUUUACCUGAUAUAAAAAAAAGGAUAAAGAAAUAGGGGAUUAAACCCCUUUAAAACUUAUACCAAGCACAAAAUAAUUUUUUUCUUCUCGCCUAAACAUGAUACUAGUUGGUUCUGUUGGAGUGUUGGGCUGUGUAUGCAGGGAUUGCCUUUUAUGGUCAAGUGAUUUAUUACUGGAGUCUUUCAGGGGGGACUGAGGUAAAGGAACCCCCGUCUGUGCUGGAGAGUUGAAGUUCCUUUAAAUGGCCCCCACCUCUGUCAUCGCAGUAGUAAUAAUGUUGGAUGAUUAGUUAAGCCAAGGUUGUCUCCCUCAGAUCCAUCCUGCUGCUGUUUUCUUGCUUUCAAUCAAUUUAUACUGACUGUAACUUUAGGAUUUCUACUAUUAAAUGCAUGCUUCCUAUUGUGCCUUAGUUUCUGGCAUUUUUUGUUUGUUUGUUUAUUUGCUUCAAAAUAUGUAGCUUCCUGUUUUGUACAACAAUUUCAUUCUUUUACUAAAAAUACUGUAAGGAUCAUUGGGGAUUUUAUUUUUCUUUUUAUGCAUUUGUAAAAAUUUUUGGCAUAUGAAUGUAAUCAUAUUGAAGUCAGUGAUGCUAUAACUUGCACUGUGUUGCAUUAUGUCUGCUUUUUGUAGGAAAUAAAAAAGCCCUACUGUGUUUUCAAUGAAUAUCAAGUAUAAGCCCAGUGUGGAGUAGAUAUGCACACUGCAUGUUUGUGUAUGUGGCACUUUUAUGUAUUGUGUUGGGUUAUUGUUCUAGAUUGGACUGUUAAAUACUAUGUUUGAGGCUGGGUUGUCAUUUUUAUAACUGUCUUGGUGUUUUAUCACCAUUAUUUAUUACUUUUGAUAUACAGAAUGAGCUGCAUGCAUUUAUAGAGCAAUAAGAGGAUGUAUUUAAUGUGCCUUGUUUUUAACUGAAUAAGAACUGAAAGCAUGAAUCAAUAAAACUGAUUAAAAUGGUC